CUUGAACGCAGGCUGUUGCACCAUGGUUCUUUAUUCUUUUCUUAUUCUCCUUGGUAUCUCUUUGGCUGGUGGGAUGGGGAGUGGUAUUAUCGGAGGAAAAGAGACUAAACCUCAUUCCAGGCCAUACAUGGCAUCUAUUCAGUACAAAAAAGAGCACAAAUGUGGAGGGAUGCUGAUCAGAGAGGAUUAUGUACUGUACCAUUAAAAAUGACUGUACAAAUACAACAUAUCCUCAGACUUAUGUAAAAAUAUCCUACUUCCUCCCCUGGAUUAAAGAGAACAUUAGAUAGAUUAACUUUAACUGUGUAGUGGUUAAUGUGUGGUUGUCUGAUACUCAUCAAAUUAGUUUGUUCCUGCAAAAACUUGUUGCUAAUGUGAUUUCACACCGUUUUGCUCUGAAUGUUCCAAUCCUAUUUGGGAAAUGACCAGGUCUCUAUUGCCUCUUUAUUUAUCUGGCAGAUGAAUAUCAGAGAUGAUAAGAGUUCAUACUUAAGUAAAAUGCAUCUCAUGCUUUCUCAUCCAAUAGUUGACUGAAUUACAAAUUCCAAAACAUUUUGAGGUUGAUAAUUAAAAAACAUGAAAUUAAAUAUAUAACCAUUUAUUAAUAAACAAAAAAUAAACAAAAAUCCUUCCUAAAAAAAAAAUUAAAAAUGUCUAGCUCAUGUGACGCUGGCUGGGUUCUAAAUAACAAGGAGAAAGUGCAUUAAGGUUGCCACAGGAAAUCACUAAGUCUCUUUUUUUAUUUAUAAAUGAAUGGCGGGGGGGCACUGACUGUGUUAUUAAUAAAUGCCAGUCAGAUCUUUCCAGUGUGAACUUUCAUAUGUGACAAAAUAGACUUUGGCUUAUAUACUGAGGUCACUACCAUGACAGCCCUCUGGUGUCAUGACCACAGGAGGGUUAGAGAGUGGUGUUGGUAGCAAAGAGGUUAAACCUCUUUCCGGGCCAUACAUGCCAUCUAUUCAGUAUAGAGGACAACAUAAAUGGAUAAUUACAUACUGACUUUGACUUAUUGUUUUAAAUAAGGACACACAUCUCACAAAAACAAUGCUAUUAUAGAGACAAACAAAUAAAGUGGAGCAAAUGAUUUGGUUUAUCAAGCUAAUGUCAUUCAAAUCCUAAACCUAAAAUUAAAGCUGCUAUAGAACUUCGGUCCACCGGAGGCUCCAAAACAUUGCUCAUGUUGAAAGUUAUAGAUUACCAAACAUAUGCACCAUUACAUAUAUUGAUAAUAUAUCACAUACUGUAUAUGAAAUAGUAAUAGUAUAUAAAAUGGCAGAAAGUGGUGCUGCCAGAAAAUAGCAAAGAUUAACAUACAAAAGGGAAACGAGGUACAAAUGUCAUUAGAGGACAGAAACAACUUUGAAAAUAGUGUUUACAGUCACAUUUCUUGAGUGUUACAAAUAUUUCCUCUUUAAUUGAAAAGCCUGUUUGGCUGUUUGGCUUUUUUGAUGUCACACAUUGUUUGUUUAAUUGCUAACCACAAGAAACGUCCCAAGGACACCAAGACUUCAACCCAGCAUAUAAUUGUAAUAAACAUGAGAUUUGGGAUUAAGGUACUUUUUCAUUUCACUUCAUUUCUUCUCUGAUAACAAUACUAGUUGAGCACAGUAUUUCAUUACUUUUGUUUAUAUGACACCUCUACCACUGCCAUCUUGGUUUUAACUGCUAUUUUAUACACACAUUUAUGGUUUGAGGUAAGAGGGGGAGGAGACACACUGUAACUAGUGGGUGCAGAGAGAGGGUCUGAGCUAUUUAAUAGCGUGCACACUUAAUGCUUAAACUCAGACUGUGCUUCUCAUUCAAGAAUUGCACCAUGUUUCCUUACGUUUUUCUUCUCCUCAUUGGUUUCCCUUUGGCAGGUGGCAUGGAUAGUAGUAUUAUUGGAGGAAAAGAGGCUAUACCUCAUUCUAGGCCAUACAUGGUAUCUAUUCUAAGGGAUAAAUAUCACACAUGUGGAGGGAUGCUGAUCAGAGAGGAUUAUGUACUGACAGCGGCCCACUGUUUGAAUCGCAGUGACUUCCCUAGUCGAGACCAAUUUAAGGUCGUUCUGGGAGCUCACAACAUCAACAAGGUGGAAAGGAGCCAGCAGAGAAUCCCAGUGAUGAAAUUCAUCCGACACCCUAAGUUUGAACAGAACAACAAGAAGAACUACAGCUAUGAUAUCAUGUUACUAAAGCUGAAGAAGAAAGCCAAGCUGAGUGCAUUUGUGAAAGUUAUGCCUCUUCCUAAGAAAAAUGAAAAAACACCAGUUAACGUUAAAUGCUCCAUUGCUGGUUGGGGGUCAAAAGACCCAAAAGAAAUACAGAGAGCAGAUGUGAUGCAAGAAGUCAGUCUCAAACUGCAGGAGAACUCAAAAUGUGAAAAAAUGUGGCAGUAUUUGUUCAAUUCUGAGAGAAUGAUCUGUGGUGUUUCAGAUGGGAAACAUGCUUUUUGUAAGGGGGAUUCAGGAAGUCCUCUUAUCUGCAAGACUAUACCACAAGGAAUUGCUUCAUAUACCAUUGACAAUGACUGUACAAAUACAACAUAUCCUCAAGUUUAUGUUAAAAUCUCCUACUUUGUCCCCUGGAUUAAGAAGAAAAUGAAAAUGAAUUAAUGAAUAAAUAAAUGUAAAUUAGAUUUAUUUUUACAUUAAAAUUGUUUUUCUCUUUUUGACUUUUUUUCAAAAAAGACCUUAGCAUGUAACUAGCAUGAAUGGACAAUAAACAAUACAUUUAUAACAAUAUUUAUUAAUCUUUGUUAAUGUUAGUUAAUAAAAAUACAGUGGUUCAUUGUUUGUUCAUGUUAGUUCACAGUGCAUUAAUUAAUGUUAAAGGGACAGUUAACCCAAAAUUGAAAAUUUGCCCAUUAUUUACUCUCGCCAGGCAUCCUAGGUGUAUAUGACUUCCUUCUUUCAGACGAAUCCAAUCAGAGUUAUAUUAAAAAUUAUCCUGGCACUUCUAAGCUUUAGAAUAUAGACGGGUGUUUCUCUUCAUCAGUCCAUCCAUCCAUAAUAAAAAGUGCCUCACACAGCUAUACCUUUAACAAGCAAAAUUUCUGAUUUUAAUAAUGCAUUAGUAAAUGCUGAAAUUGACAUUAAUAAAUGCUAGAAGUACUUUUAAUUCUUAGUUCAUGUUAACUAAUGUAGUUAACUGAUGUUAACUAA